UUGAAUUUAAUCACUGAGACAAAAAUAUAAACAUCUUCCUCUCUUGCAAAUGUUUUAAUUUUCGUUGUAUUAAAAACUUAUAUCAAUAUAUAUUUAAAUAUAAAUAUAUAUAAAUUUUGAAAAUGUCAGAAGCUUCAACUGGAUUACUAAAUGAGAGUAAAAACAAAAGUAAUAAAUACGAAGGAUCUGCAUGGUCUCAACAUUGGAAGCUUAUUUUGACAGGAGUUGGUGUUGUUUUCCUAAUAGCUUUAGGAGUUAUUUUUGGUGUUAUUUUAAACACUGAUCGUGAAAAUAAGCUAAAAAAUUCGAAAAGAGAAGAACUUUUUCCAUAUUCAAAUAUUCGUUUACCUCUAAAUGUAAUACCAGAAAGAUACAAAAUUUACUUACACCCUAACAUCACAGAUAACAAAUUUGGUUUUACUGGAACUGUUAGAAUACUUAUAAAUAUCACUGAAGAAACUGACUCCGUAUUAUUGCAUAUAAAAGAUUUAAAUAUCUCUGAAGUGAAAUGCUAUCAUGGUUCAUCAGCUAUGUCAAAGCAUAAAGGGCCAGAAGAUUCACAACAAGUUCCUGUAAAAGAUCACUUAAUAAGUGUGGAACAUGAGUUUUUAAUGAUUCGAAUGAAAGAACAGCAUGAAUUAGAAGUUGGAAAACAGUACACUCUUUUCAUACGAUUUAAUGGUAGAUUGUCAAAUGGGCUAGAAGGGUUUUACAAAAGUUCUUAUACUACUAGUAAAGGUGAAAAAAGGUACUUGGCAACAACCCAUUUUGAAGCAACUCAAGCCAGAGCUGCUUUUCCUUGCUUUGAUGAACCUGCAUUAAAAGCUUUAUUUGAAAUUAUAAUGGUUAGAGAGCCGCAGCAUACAGCUCUUUCAAAUAUGCCUAUUGUGAAAACGAUUAACAGAACAGAUGGACUAAAAGAAGAUCAUUUUCAGCAAAGUUUAAUGAUGAGCACUUAUUUAGUGGCUUUUGUUGUUUGUGAUUAUGGUUACAAAAGUGCAAAAACAUCUAGAGGAAUAGAGGUAAAAGUUUGGGCUCCUAAAGAACAAAUUGAGCAAGCAAAUUUUGCAAUAUAUGCUGCACCUAAAGUACUUGAUUAUUAUGAAACGUUUUUCCAAGUUAAUUUUCCACUUCCAAAGCAAGAUUUAAUAGCUAUACCAGAUUUUGCUGCAGGUGCUAUGGAGAACUGGGGGUUGAUUACCUAUCGGUUAACUUCAAUUUUGUAUGAUGAAAAAGAAUCAAGUUCAGCAAACAAGCAAUGGGUGGCUGUUGUUAUUGCUCAUGAACUUGCGCAUCAGUGGUUUGGAAAUUUGGUGACAAUGAAAUGGUGGAAUGAUCUUUGGUUGAAUGAAGGGUUUGCUGCUUUUGUGGAGUUCAUUGGUGCUAACAUUACAGAACCCAGUUGGCAAAUGAUGGAUCAAUUUAUUGUUGAUGAUACACAAAAUUCAUUAACUCUUGAUUCAAGUAGCAAUUCUCACCCCAUAUCAGUAACUGUUAAUGAUCCUGCACAAAUCAAUGAAAUAUUUGAUACAAUUUCAUACGAUAAGGGUGCUUCAAUUAUUCGAAUGAUGAAAAAUUUUCUUGGCUCCGACGUAUUUCACACUGGCCUCACUGAUUAUUUAAACAAAUAUAAGUUCAAAAAUGCAGUUAGUGAUGAUUUGUGGGCGUGUUUGACAAAGGCUGCCAAUAAUACCAUUGAUGUAAAAUCUGUCAUGGACACCUGGACACUACAAAUGGGAUACCCUCUAAUCACAAUAACAAAGAAUCACGAACAAAGUGAAAAAGGUCUUGUCACCCAAGAGCAUUUUUUGAUUGAUGUUGAUCGCAAGACAGCUGCAUCACCUUUUAAUUACAAGUGGGAUGUUCCAAUUACCUUUUAUUUUGAGCAUAAGAAAGAAAAGCAAUUAGUAUGGUUUAAUCGCUCAGCAGAUUCAAUUAACAUUCCUAUGAUGAAUGCUUCUGGUUGGAUAAAAGCAAAUAUUGAUCAGUUAAACUUUUAUCGAGUCAAUUACGAUGAAGACAACUGGAACUUGCUCUCAAAACAGCUUCAAGACAACCACAAAGCAUUUUCAACAUCAGAUCGCUCAAAUCUUAUAGAUGAUGCAUUUGAAUUAGCAAAAGCUGGCAAACUGUAUAAAUGUAAUAAAUGUAUUGUGUAUAGAGCUGGCAAACUGGAUCAAAUAAAAGCUUUAGAAAUGACUGCAUAUUUGAAAAAUGAAGAUGAGUAUGUUCCAUGGAUAACAGCACUUGGUUCACUAGGAUAUAUAGGUGGACUUUUACAAGGAAGAUCGUGCUACAGUUCAUAUCAAAAGUAUAUAAUUCAACAAGUAAAACCAAUUGUUGACAAACUUGGUUGGAGUGAUGAGGGGACUCAUCUGAAUAGGUAUUUACGAGGAGCUGCAUUACGCUCAUCUGUCAUGCACAAUGACACUGAUUCUGUCAAAAGGGCUUUAGAAAUAUUUGAUCGCUUUAUGAACAAUCACGAGAGUGUUGCACCAAACUUGCGUUCAACAGUGUAUUUGGCAGGCAUAAAAUAUGGUGGAAAAGAACAAUGGGAGUUUAUGUUAAAUAAGUACCUUAAUUCUCCAUUUCCUUCUGAGCAACGUAAAAUCAUGUUUGCACUAGCUGAUAGUAGCGAUGAAUCAAUUUUGAAAAAGUAUUUGAGUUGGUCUAUGAAUACUUCCAUAAUUCGAACACAAGACACCUGUGGGGUAAUUGAACAUAUUUCUACUAAUAUUAAAGGAACAAAAAUGGCAGAAGAUUUUGUUAUUAAAAACUGGGAAAAACUUUUUGAGAGGUAUGGAAAAGGUUCCUUUGACAUGUCAAGCUUAAUUAAAACAGUUUUUGCCAGAAUGAAAACAAAAGAAGACUUGAAAAAGGCCAAGAAAUUUCUCGAAUCACAUAAACUGGGAUCUGGCAGUCUUGCUGCAAAACAGUCAAUCAAUGCUAUCAGUAAUCACAUUCAUUGGUUGGAAAAAAAUGAAAAGAAAGUAUGCGAGUGGCUUAAGAAUAAGAUACAAAGUGGAUCUUCAGAACAAGAUUAAAGUGUGGAUUUUUUUCCAAAAAAUCUUUAAAUUUUUAUUUUCUUAGCUCUCAUUUACAUUUUUUAUUUUUAUUUUAAUAUUAAAAAAUAUUAAAUAUUAUUCGAAAUACAUUUAGACAUGUUUUGUUUUGUGGGAUUAUUUAUUUUUUAUUAACUAUUUAAUGGGUUAAAAUUUGAAUAAAAAGCGUUUUUUUCAA